CUGACUUAAAUGUCAGAUUACACUUUAAAAUGUUAAACACAAUCUUCACAAUGUGUUCUACCCAGUUGAUGCUGUUUUUACUAUCUCUUUCAUGGAUUACUGGCGUUUGCCAAGAUAAUUUGGAGUCUCAUCUAGUAUCAUUGCGUACCCUACGCCAUAUAAAUACUCCCGGAGAUAAUCACUUCUGUACAGGAAUAAUACUAACUGAAGUGCAUAUUCUCACAUCGGCGCACUGUAUUACAGACAGUAGAGGUUUAAUGGUAGAUAAAAGGCGGUUAAUAAUAGCCAAGAAUCUUAGCCCUAUUGGAGAUGAGGAUCUUAUAAGAGUGGACAAAAUGGUUGUAUAUCCUCUAUAUGAAAGGAAUAAACAAGAUGAUGUGGCUAUAAUUAAACUAACUAAAUCAUUGAAAAUUGAUCAGAAGUUUAUAGAAAAAGCGAAAAUUGGACGAAAUGAUUUGAAAAUAGAUGCAGAUUGCUAUAGUGUAGGAUGGAGAAGUUUUAUAGGAAAACGUAAACCAAUGAGUAAAUGGCUUUAUGCUGUGAAAGUAAAGUUGUAUCGCUUUUGCCAGUGCCUACAAACGGACGAGAAGCGGAGUAGUGAUAUUGACAUGGAUGCAAUGGAUUAUCUUAUCUGUGUUAACAGCACCGAAUCGGAUUCCUGUUUAACCGAUUUCGGUGGCCCUAUUUUCUGCGAGAAUCAGCUUUAUGGCCUAACACUAGGCAAUGCCAAGUGCCUGAACUCCUCUGUUCCAAUUUUCUUUACCUAUGUGCCUUAUUACAAUGGAUGGAUCAAUAAGAUGAUAACGUCAUCCCAGGCAACCAGACAAACAGCAGCGGCUUCAUUGCCAAUUUUGAUUGUCUUUCUUUUGGGCAACUUUCACUUUGGAAAAUGAAAAUGCAAGAUGAAAAUUGGCAGCAGCCAAAUAACCAA